AGACCAGCUUCCACAUACAUUGUUUUGGUUCGUGAAAGCUCCCAACACAAGGUGUCAUGGCCUCUGCCUCAAGUGUUUUAAGGCGGAGGGAAAUAUUGCCUUGGACGUCAUUGCUGUUGUAAAGUGAACUACUAGUUAGUUUUUACCAAAAACGAAACAAUAUGGUCAAAUCUGUAAAGUGAGUGGUCAACCCCCAAGCAGUUUGGAGAAAAAAAAUAAAUAUGGCAGAAACGGCUCUGAAGUUUGGCCCCGAGUGGCUGCGAGUUCUCUCUGAUGGUGGUAGUAUGUCCUCUCCUCCUCCCAGUCCUGGUCUUAAUAAGUUUAAGCCAGCAGAGCACCGAUAUGGUCGUGAAGAAAUGCUGGCACUUUUCAACAAGCAUCAGAGUCCACCGGAUGGGAUACAUACAUUUGGCCAUCCCUAUAUGGAAAAGGCUCAGGAACCACUGGCUUUAAUACCUAUGAAUGAAGAAGAGCAGCGUAUGUGGCAGAGGGGGGUAAACAGUGACGUCGUGCUCCGUCAAGCUGGGCGGGCCCCAGUGAAUGGAGUUGGGCGAGGUCGAGGUGGUAGUGUGGACCGUGGUCGGGGUCGGGGUCGCGGUACAGGUUCAUAUUACACCCGUGGCCUGAGCUACGAUGAAGAAGUGGAACCACGGGGCCCAAGAGAGGGAGGUCCACCUGGUAUUGGAAUUAGGAGCAAACCAUUUGAAAGGUCCCAAAGUGUGCACGAACAACGGCCUUGGAAUGAACGAAGUCCAGCAAAUACAGUCAGUGCUACAAGUGGUCCAGAAGAACGCAACGGGGCCGUAUCUCCACGGAAAGAACAAGGGAGGGCUUCAACCGAAAACUGGAGAUCCCGAGGUUGUGAAAAUGACGACGGUGAACGCUGGAGGGGAGCUGGGGGUGGCCGCAAUGAAAAAUGGGGACCUCGAUGUGGAUGGCGUGAACGAGAAAAUGGUCAAGAUGGUGAAUGGGAAGAAGGAAUGGGUCGAGGUACUGGCCGGGGGGUCCCUGUCUCGUCUCGUGGCUCUCGCCCACCCUGGGAUGAAAAAGAUGGCCAUCUACGAAAAUCAUGGGAUGAAGAUAAUUUACCAGAGUGGGCUACGGAAAAUGCAGAUGAAAAAGGGGGGAGUUUUGACGCGUCGGGUGCUUUUCAUGGUCCUGGUUGGUCAGACGAAGAUGACCCCACUGCUGAGGGUCGUGGUGGAGGGGGCCAGCGAAGGCAAAAGUCUAGUCCUGAUAAGACGACAAGAACUGAAAGUGUAGUGUCUGACAAGCUAGAACCUGGUACUAGAGAGGCUGUGAACGAAUCAGAAGAAGAAGUUAAAAAUAAUUGUGUGGAGGAACGUACACAACAGGGACAGUCGCCAGCAAAUGUUGUGGAUUCCAACCACGAUGGUCAUAUGACAGGAAACUCUAUACGAACAGAGGUGACUGUCAAUGAAGAGCUACAAGCAAGAGAGGAAGUUAUGACAAGUCCUAAUGAGAGUAAUACCACAACAAUCUCAUCUGGGCUAAUAAUGAAUGGCAUAGUGAGUGAAGAAGAAUGCAAUAACAGAGAAGUGAAAACACCACAAGAUUUCCAGGGAGGGCCAGUGUCGGUCCCAGUUCAACCAGUUCAGCCUCAAAUUACAGAAGCGCAACCUGGGCCCUUCCCUGAAAGAGAGCGCCAAGGGGAAGAAGAAAAACUAGAACACAUGCGUAGCGUUGCUGAUGAUUUAGUAGCGAAGUUAGUGGAAGAGGACGACCCAAGACCUCAGUCAGGUCCUCCCAAUUCUGGAGUCACUCCGCCUGUUUCAAUAGGUCCCAUGCCAGAACCUGCGCCACAUUCCUCUCACCCGGCUCAUACCCCGGGUGAUGACAAGUGGUAUUACACAGAUCCUCAGGGAGAAAUGCAAGGUCCAUUCUCAUCAAGUGACAUGGCCGAGUGGUACAAGGCUGGAUACUUCACACCCAACCUGUUGCUGAGACGGGAAUGUGACGAUCAGUUUGCACAACUGGGAGACCUCACUAGAGUAUUUGGAAGAGUUCCAUUUGUGCCUGGGCCCCCAAUACCUCCAUUGAAGGUGACGGAGUUGUUAACAGCGCAAAAGCAGCAGGCUGAGCGUGAACGGUUGGAGUUGUUGCAAACAUAUAUGAUUCAGAAGCAAGUUUAUCAGCAUCAGUUGGCUAUGAGCAGACAGCAAGUGUUACAGAAACUUCAGAAUCUUGAGGAGUGGAACACCCUGAGCCCCAUGCAGCAACAACAGUUGUUUAUGCAGCAGAUGGUGACUGUACUUCCUGCCCAUCCCCCUAUACCCCCUACAGUGCCUCCAUCCACUGCCCCAUCUACUGCCAUCACCUCCACCACCCAAGUGUCUGCACCACUACCUGACCCCAGAGUUGUAGCUGGGCCUGACCCUCGAGGCCUGCCUGGGCCAGUAGUGCCACCAUCUUCCAAACCUCAUGACCCUAUACAAGCACUUGUUGCACAAAUGCAAACGUCCUCUGCUGCAAACAGUACUCCGUUAACCAGCUCGUGUGAGGGGCUGUUGACCUCUCAGCUCGCAGCAACUUCCAUGACUGCAGAGAACCCAUUACAGAAGCUGUUAGUGCAGCUGCAGAGGGGUCAACAGACAAGUAUGGGACCAAUGGGAGGGCCAGCUGGGGCCCUUGGAGUAGCAGCAGCCCCAGCUGUUCCAGCCAUGGACAAACCUCCCGAACAGCAGUUUGAUGCCAUCCAGUCUCUCAUGCAACAGCUAUCGAAGAUGCAGUCGCCGACCCCAGAUCAAAUACAGGAGGAACAACGUCGGCGUGAAGAAGAUCAGAAGCGGUUAGAAGAAGAGAGAAAACGACUAGAAGAUCACAAAAGAGCAGAAGAAGAAAGGAUAAAGAUGGAGGAACUUAGAUUGAAAGAAGAACUUAAGCGACAAGAAGAGCAGCGAAGAAAUUUAGAAGCUCUCCGACGGCAGCACGAGGAGGAGACCCAGAGGCUAGAAGAAGAAAGACGGAAGAUAAGAGAGGAGCAGUUGAGAAGACAAGAAGAAAUUAGGAGAAUUGAAGAAGAGAAAAUGAGGAAGGAGGAAGAGGAGCAGAGGAAAAUUCAGGACCAACAAAGAUCAGAAAUAAAGAGAAGGCAGGAGGAGCUGAGACGGCAAGAGGAGCUCAGGCGACAGCAACAGCAGCAGCUUCAGCAACAGCAACAGCAUGAGGAGGCAGCCAAAAGGAAGGAAGAAGCUAGGAGACAAGAAGAAGCCAGGAGGCAACAAGAAGAAGAAAGAAAGAGGCAAGAGGAAGAAAGGAGAAGACGUGAGGAAGAGGAGGCGGCUCGACAACAAGCACAAAUUCAAGAAGAGAUGAGGAGAAUUGCACUAGAAGAAGAACGGAGACAUAUGCAGCAGUUGGAAGAGGAAGAGAGGCAGAGACAAGCUGAGGAAGAAGAUCGUCGCCACCAACACCUGCUGCAGGAACACUUAAAGAACCUUCUGCCUGCUUGGAACGCUACACCACCAGUGCCAGCACCUGAAGUAAUUCCUGCUCCAUCUCUUGCUGAUAUACAACGGGCACAAGAAGAGAAGGAGAGAAGGGAACGUGAAGUUGAGCUUCAGGUGCAACAACAAAGGCAGCGAGAAGCCCAGCGGCAGGCAGCAGAAGAGGCCCGCCAGAAGAACUCUGGUCUUAAGUGGGCAGCACGCGCUCAGGCGAGCCCUGCACCUGCACAGCCAGUCAAGUCUCUCUUGGAGAUUCAGGCAGAGGAAGAAAAGGAACUUAAAAAGCGGCAAGAGAAGGAAGCAGCAGAACGGGCUGCUGCAGUAAGCCAUAUGAGUUUAGGAGCAGCAGGUGUUUGGGGAUCUGCUAUAUCUAAUCUAACUUGGGCUGGUCGUGCUUCUACUGCUGGGUCACCACCUCAGGCCACUCACUCAUCUAGUCAACAGUGGGGUGGUACUAGUGGUGGUCAGGCAUCAAGUGGAAGUAAUGGUUGUGGAGGCUUGUGGAACAGCGGUAGCCAACCUGCAGUUCCUACAACCAGUCCUGGGCAUUCUGUCUGGAAUAAUGACCACUCUGCCAUUUGGAGCCAUUCUGAAAACUCUGCAUCUGCAGGAGGAUUUUGGGAUAACCCCGAGCCGGUCAAGCUCGGAAAACCAAUUACUAGUCGCACUCCCACGAAGCCAUCCAAUGCCAACACCAAUAACAAAAGUGUGGUGACAGUUUCUCAAAAUGCUAAUGCUAAUAAUCGUGUAAAUAAAAAGAAAUCGAAGGAUGAGAGUGACACUGUCAAAAAGCUGUUCACAGACAACAUGUCUCCUGCAGACUCGUUCACACAGUGGUGCAAGAGUUCACUUCACACUUUGAAGGUCCAUGCUUCUAUUGACAUUCCAACGUUUGUGACGUUCUUAGCUGAAGUAGAGUCACCCUAUGAAGUGCAUGACUAUAUCCGUUCUUACCUGGGAGACAGUAAAGAGGUCAAAGAAUUUGCAAAGCAGUAUCUUGAGCGACGCAGUAAAGCCAGGAAUGCCCAAAAGGAACGUGAAGUGGAAGAUGACAUCUUGGCGCCGGCGCCGGCUGUCAAUCCCACCAGCACUGAAUUCCAGGAAGUCAAGGCUCGAAGCAAGAAGGCCAGUAAGAAAAAGAUGCAGAAAGUAGACAGUAGUAUUCUAGGGUUCAGUGUUACAUCCAAUGAACGCAUCAAUGUGGGAGAACGAGAGUAUGCAGAGUGAAACCUCUGGUCACCACUGAACACACUUUAUUUUUCUGAAUUCUUAAUGAACCCCAGAAACUGAACCUUUACUUUGUCAAUAAAGUGAUAGUAUUAAUUGUAAAGGUUACUGGUUUGUGGAACUGUGGCUGUGUUUUAAAGAGCUGUUCAUAUUUAUUUUUGGCCGAGAUUUAAUUCCUAAAUUGUUUAACUUUUAAAAUGGUUCUCUUAAGUCACUUUUUCCUUGUGAUCACCUGCUGUACCCCUUGUCCCGCUCUGCUUCUCGAGCCUUUCCUUUGUGUUACUUAACCUCUCUUAUAAUCACAGCCAAGUCAGAGUUUGACGUCAACAUGCACGGGUGGGGGAAAACAAAAAUACAGUGUGUUGAAAAAGAAGCCAAAUUAUAAUUGUGAUAACAGUUGGUGCAAGUUAAAAUAAAACAUUGAAAAGUCUGGUUGAAUUGAGAACCUUUAUCCUUGUGUUUCCCGAACGGAACACGAGGUGCCAAGUUCAUGAAGCUACGGUAAUUACCAUAGUAUCUGUGGAAAAUUAGGAUCUUGCGGACACUGCAAGAUUCACCUUUGAGUGACAUCAACAUGUCAUUAUUUAAAGUGACUGUAAACAGACUUAAUGCCCAUGAGAAUUGUUAUGUCUGCAGCGGGUAUGACUGGUCCGUUGAUAAUGCUCCUGUUCUUCCUUGUGCAUAAUAUCCAACCAAUACAGUUUGAUAAUAUGUAAGGUUGAAUUCUAUCUGUGAUAAUGACUUGCUUGCAAAUUAGUGUGACCUGGGGUCAGGAUAUAAGUAAAUUAGAAUUGCAGCUUGGCAUAUUGUGAAAACCAGUUAUGCUCUGUUGUCACAUUGUCCCACAUUAAAAUACCUCACACAUUUGGAUUCAUACACAUUGUCAUUCUUCUUGCAUAAGCUUGAAUUUCAAAUACCAUAUCAUGUUCAUAGCUACCAUUUCAUUCAUAUAUUGAAUAGGGCUUUUAAUUUCCUUGUCUUCUGCCUCUGAGGCUAAAGGUAUUAAUUUACAUAAUAUAUUGGCACCUGACCAUAAUCUAUGAAGUCCUUUAUUCACUACAGUACAACAUGAUUUCAGUGGAAAGAUUUAAUGUACUUAAAGACGUAUACACACAAAAUUAUAAUCUAUUUUUGUUGACAAAAGGUGUUAUUGUGAUGUGUGUACCACAGAUAUAUAGGAAAGCCAUGUUUUUUAUUAAAAUGUUAUUAAAUUAGAUAUCUGUAUAUGGAUGUUAUAAAUUAUCUUUCAAUUCAUUGUCCUAUUGUUUAUUUAAUUUUAUUUUUUCCAUAUAGCAAUUUCUUUCUUGUUAUCUAUAAUAGUUACUGUUUUCACCAUGUAAAUGAAGUUAAUAAAAAUGGUGUUAUGUCAAAUGGUGUUAAUGGUGUUAAAAAUGUGGUCAAGUCAGAGGUUGAGGCCUUGGUCACACUUGCAGUACAUAAGCCCCACUCUUCUCUCUUAAUUCAUUGAUCUAUAACACAUGGAAAGUUAGCAACUUAUAACACUGCCUACAAUAUUAGCCAGAGAUAAAUUAGUACAGUAUUUGUUUUUAUGAAAGUAAAGAAAGAUCACUGAUGCUAGAAGCUUUCUAAUAUUAUAGGAAGUAAGCCAUUUUAUUAAAUGUUAAGUUAUUAUAUUUGUUUUUUGAAGUCCUUGUAAUUGAUUAUUCAAAAUUAUGUACAAAGUGGACAGGUUUGGUUACAGUUGAUAGUUGUUUUCACCAGACAGAUGCCUUGAGUUUGUUACAAGUGUGCAGAGAUGAAAGGCGGCCCUUACGGCUUAACUGUAUCUGUAAGUCAACUGGCAAAACAGUAUUCUUUAUAUGUACUACAAAUGUAAUUCAAAUAUUGAGAGCCCGUAUCAUUUUAGAAGUAUCAUGCAUGUACUGUUGUGGUCUAGGAAAAGAAGACUUGGUUUUACAACUCGUUUGUAUUUGCUUCUUGUUAAUUAUUCUUCCUCCAUCUUGAGUCUGUUUCCUUAUGAGAACUUUGAGAAAGUGGUCUUUUCUAGACUCUUACAUUUGUAUUUCAUCAUUGUUUUAAGGAGAAAUUUGAAGCAUAUACUGAAGAAUUUUACAAAUUGAUUUGGCUUUGGCUUUACUGGAACAUGUGCCAUAUGCUCACACCAAGAAACAGUAUGAAUUUGAAAGGUUCAUGAUCACCUUAUGUGCCAUACUUAAUUCUCUUGAUCAAUUUUCAGUCAUAAAUUUUUUUAAAAUUGUCAUAUACAACAUCCUCCUUCAUGCCUGACCAAUAGCACAUUCAGUAAUACAGAUGUAGCUUACUUUAUCUGGAAGGUUUUAGCCACUUAUGUUUUGCUUCUAAUGUAGAGGUGAAGAUGGGUGGUUUAGACAUAUUUUUGUGCAGAAAUGUCUGAUAAAAGAAAAAAAUUUUGGGUGUACAAAAAACUAGGAGAUAUUUUAAAGAAUGGUAACUUUAUAAUUUGCCUUGCGUCGGCAGCAUAUUUCGAGCAGUUUUAAAAGUGAUGUGCUAAGCUUUAUCUUGUGCAAUGAUGAUAAUAAAUCUUAAUUUGACAACAUGA